CCGUAGUUGGAGCUCGCUUGGCGCAGGCAGCCCAUGCUUCUAUUUACCGGAAUGCAAAUACUAAAAAUACGUCUUUCUUGUGUUCGCUGACAUUACCCAUUGACUUCGUUUAACGCCUGGCACCCCAUAAAGAAGAGGAAAAGAUGGCAGACAAAGCCCCUACCGUUGCCAUGGAGGCCGUUCUCAAGCGUAGCUGCAAACUCCCGGAUGACACCCCGAUGAUUAAAGGCUACGACUUUAACCAGGGGGUCGACCUUCAGGCUGUACUGAAGAGCUACCUCAACACGGGGUUCCAGGCCAGCAGGCUCGGUUUGGCCAUCCAGGAGAUCAACCGCAUGAUUGAGAAGCGCCUCGAGCCACAGGAGGUAGAACAAGACGAAGCUGAUUUUAUCGGAGGUGUGGAACCCAAACUGGGCUGCACCAUCUUCCUGGGUUACACCUCCAACCUCAUCAGCUCCGGGAUCAGAGAGAGCAUCCGCUACCUGGUUGAGCACAAAAUGGUGGACGUGGUCGUGACCACUGCUGGAGGCAUAGAGGAGGACAUCAUCAAGUGUCUGGCUAACGCUUACCUGGGAGACUUCAAUCUGCCAGGCAAGGAGCUCCGUCAGAGAGGCAUCAACAGGAUUGGAAAUAUUUUGGUGCCCAAUGACAACUACUGCAAGUUUGAAGACUGGCUGAUGCCGAUCCUGGACCAGAUGGUGUUGGAGCAGAACACAGAGGGCGUGCGUUGGACUCCCUCCAAAAUGAUCCAUCGUCUUGGCAAGGAGAUCAAUAAUCCUGAGUCGGUUUACUACUGGGCGUACAAGAAUAAUAUCCCUGUGUUCAGUCCGGCUCUGACUGACGGCUCGAUGGGCGACAUGAUCUACUUCCACUCUUACAGGAACCCUGGCUUAGUCUUGGACAUAGUUGAAGACAUUCGCCGGUUGAACAGCCAUUCAGUGUUUGCCAAAAGGACUGGAAUGAUCAUCCUGGGAGGAGGGGUGGUCAAACAUCACAUAUCCAAUGCUAAUCUGAUGAGAAACGGCGCUGACUUCGCCGUGUUUGUGAACACGGGUCAUGAGUUCGAUGGCUCUGACUCUGGAGCCCGACCCGACGAGGCCGUGUCCUGGGGAAAGAUCAAAGCUGAUGCCACUCCUGUUAAGGUGUAUGCUGACGCCUCUUUAGUCUUCCCUCUGCUCGUGGCAGAGACCUUCGCUCGCCAUGCCGACGAGCUGUCUGCGCUCAAGAAAAAAGACUAAGUGCUCCAACCCGUCUUUUAGAAACGGCGAGCAGCUUGUUCCUGUGCUGGGUCUUCUUUCUGGGGUUGACUUCUAGCAGGUGUUACUGGUGAAGGUACUCGGUUAAGGCAAGGCAACAGUAAUAAGGCAGCGUCAUCUAAGGCUGCAACUGAAAACCUGAUUUUAUGGGUGUCAGCGGUGAGGGUUUCCGGUCUUAAUGCUUUCCAUAACACUAUUUACUUGUCAAGACAAGUACAGUUUCCCCCUGUCUUUUCAGAUUAUUGAAAUAGCACGGGUCGCAUGCUGUUGCAUGCACCAAAGAGACAGCCUAGAAUGCAUCAGGUUUUAGCUGCGCGUGUGUGUGUGCAUGUGUGUGUGCGUGUGUGUGUGCGUGUGCGUGUGCGCGUGCGUGCGUGUGUCUGAGGCAUUGUUAUUUAUUUCUGUUCAGUUGUGGCACUACACACCGUCACAGCACUUGAAUAUGACCUUAUUGCUUCUUUAUUUUAUUCAAACCUUUACCUGUUACAAGAUGAAAGACUGUACCGCUUAAUAAAUCACAAAUGGAUCAUUUCCUCCUGUAAGAAUAAAAAUACAUAUGAGCGGAGGGUCUAUGUGAGAAUGUCAUGAAGGCCCCGUCAUGUGACACGUUACCUAACAUUACUUUGUUUGGUUUCUGCGUUUUGUGAAGAUUGAAAAAUGUUUUGCCUUACGUGGAACAAACACUUACAUGCUGGACUUUGAAAAGAACACUUUGAAUAUUAAAGUUUGAUUCUCCUCAGUUUGAUUGAUGUCUAGACACAAAAAUAAUUCAGGGGCCUCUUUGAGGUUCAUGUGCAUUAUAUAUUCAGUUCAGUACAGUUCCACCUCCACAAUGAUGACAAGGCUUAAUAAUGUACUCUGAAAUGUCGACAUUUAGCUCUGUUAGGUAUUUGGACUGUAGUAAAGUAAAGUUUUCCUGCCUCCGAACAAGCUGCAGUCUCAGACAAACGGUGACCUAAAUGCUAACACAUAAUCUGACCAACAGCUCCACUACAGAGUCAACUACAUCUGAACCUUAUAGGCAUCAUAAAGUCGACUUUAUGACACAACAGUUCUAUUGUAUGGCAUUGGACGGUGCAGGUGAACCUCAUAAAACGUCCUCUGAGUUUAUUCAUCUCGUUUAGAAAGCCUUCAUUUUAUAACCUGUUUUUGUUCCUAAUUGAGAGACUCAAACAUCCUUCUGUAAACUUUGAUUCUGUGUCCAACCUUUUGAAACUUCUCUCCUCAAUAAAAAUAAAAAAAAACAUCCCAAACUAA